AUGUCCAAUGGAUCUCUAGAUAAACACCUUCCAGGUGGAAAACUGUCUUGGAAGAAAAGGGUAGAGAUAUGCAGAGGAGUAGCACGUGGACUACACUACCUUCACACAGGAGCCAAGCGUUCCAUGUUUCACUGUAUCCUCAGAGCCAGUACCAUUCUCUUGGAUGGCAAUAUGGAGCCAAAACUCGCAGUUUUCGGUCUCAGCGUUCACGGACCACGAUUCAAUCCAAAGCCUCAGCCGCAGCAGAUUAAUGUAGAUCAUAUUAUAGGUGUUGUUGGCUACAUGCCACUGGAGUACGUGAUGGAUGGAGACCUUAUAGACAAGGUUGAUGAAUAA